GAAUGGGGCGAUACAGCUACAGUCAACCUUCAAGUAGUUCUAGAAGGUUGUGGAGUAAUGGAGAAUCAGAAUGCAGACGAAUAUCCUGGUAGGAUGUUCUUUGGAUGCAAGGAUUAUAAGUUUGGUCCCCCUCAUCUAGUCAAGUGGUGGGAUGAGGCCGUGAUGGAGGAAUUUCAAGAGCUACGAUGUGCCCUGGACAACCAAGGAGACAGUAUUUGUGUCCUCCAAAAUGGUGAUGGACAGGAAGCACAAAAUCGGAUUGAGGCAGAACUAGCUCAACUAAAAGACCUAAUUGUAGACAAGAAGCGUUUGAGAUGCCUCGAGCUGAGGAAUGUGAUUGUUCUUUCUCUACUCUUUGUAGUUUUGAUCAUCUGCCUU